AUGGUUACCACGAGAAACAGGGAGCGCUCCAGCAGCUCUGGAGAAGCAAACGGGAAGACGAAUGCUCCUGCCGCUGCCGGUGAGAAACACAGCAUCGACAAGGAUGCUGGCGCCGGAUCUCGUGAUACAAAGCGCGCGAAGAAGUCCGACGAUAAAACCGCCCGCCAAACGACCUUGGAGGAGACGUUUGAGAAACAUGAUGACACACAGGCCAAAGAAACGGAAGGAGCAUCAAAAGAGACAAAGCAUGAAACUGAUGCAGAGAUGAAGGAUGCCGAAGAGGACACCACAAAAUCCUCUGAGCAGACCGAGGAACCAACGAAACAAGAGGAAGAGGCAAUGGCCAAGAAGGUGGACGAGGUUGAGAAAACAGAGGAAGCAGAGAAAGAAGACAAGACCGAAGACCAACAAGAUGUCGGAGAGAAGCACAAGACGGAAAAGACCACAUCGAAGUUCGCCGACGGUGAGACUGCCGAGCGUCCCAAUGAAAAGACGAAAAUGCCUUCCAAUGUACUCGAAAAGGGCAUCAUUUACUUCUUCUUCCGCGGCCGUGUCAACACCGAAAAUACGGAGGACGUUGACGAUAUUGCCCGUACUUACAUCAUCCUUCGACCCGUGGGCAUCGACUCUAAGCUAGGUGACGGCCCCAUCGGUGAUGCCGGAAACACUCGCGUGCUGGCCCUGCCCAAGAAGGUUCUCCCUGAGAGCGGCAGAGACCGCUUCAUGGUGUUCGUUGAGAAGUCGGGGACUUCAUUCAAAGAGCUAAAGGAGCAGUUCCUGUCGGGCGCGGACAACCAGACCAAGGCCGGCAAGUCUCAUACGCCCGCUGCGACACCUGCUGGGGAGGGCGUCUAUAUGAUCACGACGACCGGGCGCGAGACCCAUCUCGCGUAUAUGCUGACUUUGCCCUCCGACUUGGGCGAGGUACAGCAAGAGCUAGGGAUUAAAGAGAAGGGAAGCUUUAUUCUGAGCACAAAGAACCCUUACAAGCCAGGCCCUGCGUAUGCCAGCCUGCCAGAUACUCCCGACUUUCCAGAUAAGAUUAAGGACCAAUUCCGUGACCUCCGCUGGAUGCCGAGCAAGCCCGAGCACCUUGACUAUGUUAAUUCUCAGGUCCUUAUGAUUGGCGAAUCCUCGGGCAUUGACAAGGCCGUCGAACCCAAGCAGAAGGACGUCAAGGCCGGCAAGGACAAGCCGGGGGAUGUUCUCCAGGAGAUUGAGGACGAGGAUACCAAGAGGAUGGAGCACCUCUCUGGCGACGACUCGGCUUCCAUCUUUGCUGAUCUCCAAGCCCGUGCGAAAGAUUACCCGCAACUUCAGACUACAUUCUGA